CCAAACAGCACAAUGACCACCCGGCCAGAGAGCGACGCAUCAGCAGGUGAAUCUUCAGCAAAUCUGACAGAGAACCCCACUCCUGACCAUGCCCUUGACCCCAACACUCACCCCCACCUGGCCUUUGUAUACGGGACGUUGAAGACGACAGAGCCUAACCACCGGCACAUGUUCGCCAAAGGAGCUGCCGGAAGUCAGUUAGUCGGGCGGGCAAGAACUGUGGAGAAGUUCCCUCUGAUUGUUGCGACGCCUUACAAUGUACCUUUCUUGUUGUUGAAGGAAGGCACGGGCAAUCAAAUCACGGGAGAGUUGUACCGGGUGAACGACGAGACUCUGGCCUACCUGGACUGGUUCGAGGAUCACCCGGCCUGGUACCUGCGGACAAAAUGUCAGGUGACAUUGCUGGACGAGGUCAAGGCCGAACCGGUCGAAUGUUGGAUCUAUGGCUUACCCAAGUUCAAGAAGAGUCUGUUGGAUUUGCCGUUUCUCGAAGUUUACCACGACAAUCUCCGAGAGGAACAUGAGAGAUUUCGUCACGUUGACGACAGAGCGAUAGAUCAGAUCAAACAGACACUCUGUGACAGAGAAUGAUCCCCAGGAGGGCGAACAAUCC